AGUUCUGGGUUUUUAUUUUGUGAGAGAGAAAUCUCUCAAUUUGACGAAGAGGAAGCUUUUGCUCCUCUUCAAAUUAUAUUCAUUGGAAUAAAAUCGCGCGUGGUGACGUUAGUAGGCCAAGUCAUCGAAAAAUCAGGCGCGAUGAGUGGCGGUGAUCAUAAAGUUUAA